AUGCACAACCUUAUCAAUGUCGUAACUACGUGUCAAAUCCAGGAAUUGAUAGGAAUUGGUGAUUCUCUCACCCCAGAACAAAUAAACUAUAUCCAUAAAGUUAAAAAAUCCCUUCCAAAGAACGGAAAACUUCCUAGCGUUUGCAUAUCGCUAUUCAUGGAACUUGUACUUUUGUUGUCUUUAUCUUGUACAUUUCUAACGAUAUUUUUGACAUUUUGCUGCCGACGGAGGUGUCGCUUGAGAAUAAAAAGGUAACACAGGUCGUUUUGCCCGUUCUUUAAGCGUGGAAAAAUGAAUAAGCGUGAAUGAUUGACAGUGCCAACAACUUUUUCCAGUGAAAACUUCUCACAAAAUAUACAUCAAAGAUCGACGUAGAGUAGCGAUCGCUGAUCAAGUACAUGUAGACUUCAGUUUUUAUGUGCAGUCAGUUUCAGUAUCUCAAAAGUGGUUAUUGAGAUCGAUAAGGUCGUUCAGACCGCUCGGCAGCAACAGAAUCCAAGCUUAACUAAAAACAUCUCUGAUAAGCGGUGUUGUAGAGUGCUGUUUGUCAUCGGGCGAAUCGACUUAACGUCCGGACGAAACAACUUCAGGCGAAACGACCACAAUUUGAAUCAAAAUACUUUCGCAUCCCGGGGGGGGGGGGUACUCAAGGAAUGUUUGGGUUGAGGCGUGCCGCCGCGACCUUCAAACCAUGACCCUGUUUAAGAACCAAUGUCGGAAAAUAUCGAGAACCUCAAAUCAGUUCAACGGUAGUCUUUACACUUGGCCGUUAAGUAACAUUUAAGAGCCACUAAGUUUUACGUGUGUGAAGGCCUACAUAAAAUCUCAAGUUAUUUUACUUUGCAUCUCAUUAAAAUCGGAAAGUUGAAACGAUUCAAGAAAAAUUUCAAGUGAAAAGAAAACCAUCCUUAAAACCGACUGAACUUGCGGUUUCCUUAGCUUUGAGAAAGACGAAGCAUGUCAAUCAAUCUUAAUUAUGUUGCGUGAGGAAAUAGUCGGUACGGGAGGCGCCUCAACAACAAAAAUUCCACACUGAUGACGUAAAUCAAUAUUUACGCAAUUAUUCUGGUAUUCGUGGAGUUUCAAAUGUAAAUUUUUUCGAGUUUAGAUUUUGACUUUUAACCUUUCUCAAUGUUUGAUUUUCAGCUGACGCUCGUUCGCAGAAGAAUUCAAAACUUUACGAUAACAGAUUAUAAAUGAGAAGAAGUGUAUUUAACUCGAACAAAUUUACAUUUGCCCUGUAUUUGGAACCGCGUGACUACCAUAUUAACUAGAAAUACGUGUAUCGCAGAACCUCGCGAAGCUCGGUCAGGGGGGGGGCAUAAAAUGUCAGGGAGACCGUGUUGUUGCCAAGAAACUCGUAAACACUACAAAGUGUUCAGCUAGUGAGGUCAUUUGCAUAAUGCGGUAUUCAAAACCUUAAUCCAAACAAGUCCCCUGGGGCUGACAGAAUCUCGCCUUGCACUCCAACCUCGUCCCCAGGACUCCACCCUCCGUCUUGCAUUCUAAAAUCCUGUGCUUCGCAACUGGCACCCUCAGUCACACACACAUACCGAACAAGCGCGCAAGCCCUUGAUCUUACAAAAAUCAGACAAAUGUGAUAGAAUCCCUCAUCGGGAGGUACGUAAGACGAAAAGUGGAAAACUUCAUUUGUGGUGAAGACCUAGGAACAGAAAUCACAUCGAGGUGUGGUAGUUGUCGUUGUGGAAAGUGUCCAGUUGUUGGUCACACCUAAUCGUUCAAGGAACAGCAAGAGUUGAUGAGAAUCUAGAGUAUGAUAUAGCGCAUCAGUGCUGGGUAAAAACCUAUCCUUGGCUAGUGGACCCAUCCACCCUACCAAACAAUUAUCAUGCAGCUCCCCUUGGGAAGACAGAGCAAACUCUCAGCAAAGACAAGCAGUGGGUGGAGACAGAUGGAGGAUAUGCUGGAUGGCAGUGUUGUUAGAAAGCUAUCUGAGGAGGAGAUACAGAAAUGGUUUAGUCCCUUAUUCUGCAUCUCUCAUCUGGCUGUGGUCAAACCAAAGUCAAACUUCUCACCAGUGCGUAUUGUGUUUAACUCCAGCCAGGUGUACAAUUUCGUGUAAAAUUCCGUGCCACACGUUCUGCCCAUUUUGGUCUGGAAUCGGGUAUGAUUUUCCAGGCACGGUAGAGCAUGAAUAUAUAUAUUUGUCGUUUCAAUUCCAAAUGAAAAUAUACACGAAUUCAAAAUGGCUUUUAAGAAAUAUCUUUUUGGUCUUUUAAUCUAAGUAAUGAUACCAUAAUUAUUUGGGCGUGGCCCAAAUAGAGUAAUGGAAACGGCUUGUUUUGACGCAAAUGUGCAAUAGGCACGCAAUACGUGCUAACGUAAACAAGGCAAGUAAACAAGCGAAGCGAGGCGAAUGUCUGCCAUGCGAACGUCUUGUACAAGGUAAGAGGCAUGUGGGAAAGAAAGCUCUGCUUGCACACGGCACUUAAUCGCACUUUUACGAUCUCGAAAGUUAAUCUGAAUCUUCAGUAUUUUUGCCUCAUCGAGAUUUGGAAGUUUGAAGUCCAGGGAUGAAAUCUAUCAAAAAUAUUUGGAAUAUAAACGUCGGGUUUUGGUCACAAUAAGAUCGCAAGCAACGAACCUUGAAACACAAAAAACGGAUCGAAAUCCACCAAUCACAAAUCAUAAACAAUGACCUUUUGAACCCGUUGAAGAAAACUUUCGUUUCCUAAGAGGUCCGCUAAGAUGAUUGACGUCUGACAUUUUUUUUGACGAGAGGAUCGAAAUGCACCAAUCAUAGAAAGACACUUUUAAUUGCAUGUUUCCUAAGAGGUCAUCUGAAUUUGCUGUUUUCUUUAUAGUAUGUCCAUUUUUUGUGAUUGGUCGAUUUUGUUAGGUCGAGUGGAUCCAAUGAGGGACGAUUUGGAUAUCGUUUGAUCCGAAAUUUUUCGAAGCAGCAGUGAGAAGCAGUUUGGAUAACAUUUGGCCGCGGCGUUUCAGGGAACGUGUUAAUUUUAGUAUUGUUCAAUCAUGUUAUCCCGGGUUAAACUUACAAAUGCACACACUGUUCGCGGUAGGCCCACACUAAAAAAAUAACACUGAGUGUUUUCGGAAUGGGUUGGUCCGCGAACUCAAAGAAAAACAAAGGAAAUUAUCAAGACAAUCAAUGACAUGAAAGACUCAUGGACCCCAUAGACGUAAUAACAAAUCGGAAUGUCAGGAGUGUACGUGUAAAAUGGAUAAGAGUUUUAACAGAGGAAUGUUUAACAAGUUUGAGAGUCGCAAGGUUUGUGUAGCUGGUUAUCACUGUGACAAUAGUGAUUUUGAUUUUUGCAUUACGGAGCACAACGAGUUGCCCGUGAUAAAAAUCUGUUCCGAUGAAGGAAGAGACGAUUGUCAACAAAUGAAACCAAAAGGGACUGAGGCUUCUUUUGGAACUACUGUGAUAACUGCAACCUUUUUAUUAUUUCAAUUUUGUUUAGCAGGGUGACGGUUAAUUUACUUGUUUUUGUAUUGCGUGUUGUGUUUUUUCAUACGAUGCUGUGCGUCGGGAUUUUGCAUUAUCAGCAAGUUUUGUGUUAGUGUUUUGAUGGCAGCGAGGUGACGACAAGAGAAGGUAAUGAGCUAGUUGUACAGAAGGAAAAUUGUGUUGUGGAGGAAAUAAAAGAAGUUGAAUUUAGAUCUCGUCGUGGGAAAUUUAUUUAUAACAGGACUUACAAUUUCAUUGGUUUAAACCAGGUUAGUCCAUUAUAUUUUCGGUAUGAAAAAUUACCAUAAAAUCGAGAUUGUAAUUCGAAACUCGCGUUGUUUUCAAAAUUUGCAUAAAUCGGCCGCUGCAAAGAAAUAUUUAGGUUAAAAGCGCUUCGAAAUACUGUAUCUUCAGAGUGGCAUAGCUUUUACUUGUUGUGCUAUAUCUUUCAAAACAAUCGAUCGAUUCUGGCUCAAAACUCUCAAAGCAGCGGUUUAAAUGUUAAAGCCCGUGGCUGGUUAAAAUCGUCUCUUGUAUGUUUUCUAACGAUUUAGGAUGGAUCGAAUCGACUUUGGAUCGAUUAUUAUUUUAUCAGCUUGUGGUAUGAACGAAACCUUUUUCUUCUCGAUAAAGUUCACUCAACAAAUUUAGAAAGAUUUACUUGACUUUUCAUAUGUGGAACGAACUGACUUUUUUGUGGAACGAACUGACUAUUUUAUGGAACGAUCUGACUAUUGAUUGGAAUGAUCUGACUUGGAACGAUGUCAACGAUCUGAACAUGGAACAAAAUGACCGGUUACCGUCAUGCCCCUAGCAGACUACCAAUGAACAAUUAAAAUCUUUGUUACAGAAAACACGGAAAGUGACACUUUUUGUAUGGAAGAUUAUUCGGAAAAAUACACCAUUGUCGUCUGAAAUUCAUUGUUACGUUAAAAGUAGAAAAGGUUUACACUUAAACAGGUACAGAAGUAACAGUAACAAUGUGAGGUUUUUACUUAAGUGACAACUACAAAACUAGUUUGUAAACGAGGGAAGGUGCAUCUGUCGUCCAAGCAGCAGAGCACAGGCGAUUUAGGUGGAAUGAGAUAUCCAAAUAGGCUUCUAAGUAAGAAUUUGCCCCUCUGUACAUGUAAUUAUCCAUUUUAUAGUGCUUAAAACAGUUUGAUUCACCGGGUUAAUUUUGGCCACUUUAAGCUUUGUACUGAUACAGAGAAGAAUCCAGGACCUUCAGUUUAUGUAGAUGCUACAAAAACAAUUAAUGCUCCAUACUGUCAAGGAAAUGUUACAGGAUUUGGGGAAAAUGGUGGACAACGAUGUGUCGCAAUGAGUCCGUGCGCUUUAAUUUACAGUAAGAUAACAAAGAUGACUUCAGUUGAUGAUAUGACUCAAAUAAUGAUUGUUGGUAUUCAGUUAUAUUCUUAUCUGUCACUGCUUGCAAGACAAUCUAUGUCAAUGUUAACAGAAUUGCCAGAAACGGUUACAGUGUUUGAGCAAUUUUUCCACCUUGAAUACAGUGACAGUUACACUUGUAACAUCCAUCACUACUGUAUAUGCCACUCACAGGUUACAGCAUUUCCAACACUCUUUGCACUGAACUACAACUCAUUCAUUUUAACGGUGACAAUUAUUGGUGCUGGUAUCUACAGCACUGAGGCUGGGGUAUAUAAUGUAUUUGAUUCUCAUGCUAGAGAUAUGUAUCAUAACAGUCAUAGUGAAGGGACAUGUGUAUUGUUGGAAAUACCAUCCAUGCAUAAAUUAGUACAGUAUUUUCACACUCUGCAUAGGAAUGAGGAUAUAUAUGAACUUAAAGGUGUACAUAUUGCCACCUUUGAACCUCAUCUUUUCUCAAGCAAUGUUGAAAAUUGUAGUAUAUCAAAUGUUAAUAGUUACCAAUGUUCCUGUAAACAGUGCUGCCCUAUAGCAGUUUAUGCAACGUGUUACUCUCUUAUUAAUCCUUGUGGAUACUGGACUUAAGGAACUUUAUUUGCCCAUGUUAGUAACCGGAAUACACUGUACAAAGUUAUGGGUGUGAAAACACAUCUGUCAGUAUCAGUGGAGGUGAGAUAAACCUUACUCUCCGGGCUGUAACCACUUAUGUCCUAUGUUGCAAUUUGGCUCCAAGCAUGUCUGCAUUGAAGAUGUGCAUAUUUUCAAACAUUGUCGUGAAAUGACACUAUUUUUGUUGUGGAUUGGGACAUACUGUAUAAGCUGUGUGGUUCAGCAAACAAGUGGAGUAAAGGAUUUGUCUUCUCUGGUAAGAUAUGAUGACAGUUCUUUAGCUGCAAUAAGGCAUGUUCAAAGUAUCAUACCCUUAGUACGACCACGCCCAAAUAUACGCUCACACAGCGUCUUGUUUCUAAUAUGGCAGGUCUGAAAACGAGUAUGGAUUUUAGAGGCCAGGUCUGAAAACGGGUGUAGAAAAUUACAUAUUUUGGUCUGAAAUGGGGUCAGGAUUUGGAGAACCGGGCGGCACGCCCCCAUCAAGAAUUCCCAGGAAUACCCGCCCCCCCCCCCCAUUGGGGGUUUAAUUGAAUUUUUACAAAACCACAAAUUUGAAGUACUUCUCUUCUGUGCCAGGAAAGCGUGACAACGUGAAUAAAAGACAACAACUCAUUUGUUAUUCUAAAAUACGUUUUGUCAUCACAGUUUGUUCUUUCCACAGGCUAAUUCUUCUAUACAUUAUUUAGUCUAUCACUGAGAUAUAGGAUAAUGCCCGAGCUCCGAGACCUUCUCAAUUUUUAAGAAGGCAGAGGAGCGAGCGUGAGGUUCCACGCCAUUGACCUGCCCUUCCAUUUAUUGCACGCAUGAGUACAAGACUCGUUUAAACGUGAACGUGCAAAAAUUACAAUAAUCCAGUAUAUAUCAAAACGAAAGAAAAAAAUCAAUAAAGAAGUAAAUAAGAAAGUAAAAUAAGAAAAAUAAAAUCAAAAUAAGAAUAGACGAAGAUCAAUAACACUAAGAAAAAUGUAGCGAUAUAAAAAUCUAAACUAGAUGAUCGUUUGGCUAUUCUGGAUAUUGUGACUGUGAAAUGACGUGAAACGAGGGUAAUUGGUACUUGACAAUUACUGAACAUUGUCGCAGAACAAAAACCGAAUCAAUAGAUCAAAAAUCUCAAAAAGGAGUUUGUGUCUCGAUUUGCAUUCCGAUAGUUGUUUUCGCUUUUUGCGUCGUUGUUUGGAGGCCCAUUCUGGUUCCUUACUCGUACAAACUUGUGAACAUAGUUUCUUUCCACACCAACAGUGAUAAACAGAAGAGUUUGGACAACGAAUUGCUGCUUGCUCGCAAAGAAUGGAAGUUCUAUCAACUGGAAAGACGUUUUCGCCAACGGUGGUGUCAAGAGACUAACGUCAGGUCUCGAAAAAAUGUAGCCUGGCUAACCGUUAUGGUCAGUGAUGACUUUGUCGUUUCCGCUUUGGUUCUCGGUAAUUCCAUUCGAACAUUUUCUUGUCACACGAAUACGAUUGGGCUAAUUUCAAAAGAUGUCAGUGAGAAUACGAGAAAGGCGCUUCAGAGCGUCGGCUGGAAGACUCGUUUGGUCGAAGAAAUGGAUUGUGACUGGAUGGAUGCUAAAGUUGGUGGAGAUCGAAAUAGCGGACUUUUCGGAAGACCUCUAGGACACAGAAUUAAGGGAACACACACAAGAUUUCACGCGUGGAACUACACAGACUUUUCCAAAAUGAUUUAUGUUGAUGCUGAUUACAUGCUGAUAUCUAACAUCGACGAACUCUUUGAGAUUCCAGAACACUUUGCUGCCGCCCCUUGCUCCCGACCUGGUGUUUUGGAUCCUUGUUUCAAUGCAGGGCUUCUUGUGUUCAAGCCAGAUUUGAAAACCUACCAAGAAAUCAUGAAACACUGGCGGGAGACAACAGAAAAAGACACCUGCCCAUCGGAUCAGGAAUUGCUCAAUGAGUUUUAUGCAGACAGUGGCUGGAAAGAACUUCCGUAUGCGUACAACAUCAGGCGGAUAAUCUUUCGGCCCAUGAUGUCAUUCCACUAUGCCUGUUGUCGACCUCCAAAGCCAUGGACGUCAGAAUGUCGUCCAAGUAGAGAGGAGGCGAGUAAGUUUGACGGUCCCAUCAUAACUGUCGAUGAUAUGACGUUACUUUUCUGGAAAAACUUCUAUGAACUUAUUCAGCAGUACAACUUAGAAAACUGGUGGAACAACAACGUCAUUCACACGCUAAAACGUCAUCAACUUGCAGGAGGCUUGCGUAGUGAAUAAUUACAUUUAGCCAUCGUGAAUAUGCUUAAAUACUUUGUCAGAUUUGUUUUACUUCACACUGUCAAGACGCCUUCAGAAUUUCUUGAUUAUAUUGUGUAAGAGCUUCUUUUUUUUACCUGCUAUCCAGGCUAUCUAAGAUAUAUGUUUACAGUCCGGUCUACAUCCUAUAGUCUACACGGUAAUUAUGUUUUGUCUCUACCGUCUCUGAAAAUUACUACUUAUGGUCUUCAAUCCUUUUCGUGUAUGGUUUCAAAACUAUGGAACUCUCUUCCGGAUUUUUUUCGAAUUUCUAACUUUUCGGAUUUCAAGCGCAAGAUACUACAGUAUAUGACUGCUUUUAGUAGUUUAAAAUUUUAGAAUGUUGUUAAUUUCACAAUUUUGGUAGUAUUUAGAACUAUACUUGAACUCGAAGAUACUAGUUCAUCUUUAGCUACUCUAAAUUCGAGAUUAAAUAAAGUAUAUGUAAGUAUGUAAGUGUUAAUAAUCACAGGAGUUCAGGCUUCAGGAGUAAUCAUUGAUCGUUUAUUGCGACAGUGCUGUUUCGUAUGGUCCGAAAUUGUAGGACCACACUCAUCAGGCAACUUCAACGAUCAAUGAUUACUCCUGAAGCCUGAACUCCUGUGAUUAUUAAGAGUCUAUGCUCCUCAAUUAAAUGAAUUGAGCGCUCUACGAAAUACGUUCUACCCAGAAUACAAGUAAGUAUGUAAGUAUGUAUGUAGGUUUCCCUAGUCUACACUAAAUCUCUAACCAGUUGAAGAGGAUAGCCUGGAAAAUGAUUCCCUAUUCUAUACCAAACUAUCUGAUUUAUAUACCCUAUUCCAGAGUUAACUGGGAAAACUAUACCCUUCACAGCGGUACAUACCUAGAAAGCCCAUAUUAUAUGGCAAUACCCCCCCACUUCAGACGUAGUGCAUCGUUUUAUUACUACAGCUCUGUUUCGUGCGGCCAAAAGAUGACCUCACUCAUCAGAUAAUAUCAUCGACUGACCGUUAGAUUAAAACAACUGGCAAAAAAGCAGAAAUACUGUUGCUCUGAGAUAUAUAAAAGCAGCGUUAUUUCAUCAUAUAAAUUAUGUGAUUGUUAUUUAUAAUUUGGGAGAUUGUAUUGCUUUAUCAUAAAGUACUUGAGGAGGUAUCUAAUUCUGUGGGGGCAUGAACUUGCUGACUCAUUUCGCUUGUUCAGAUUGCAGAGAUCUUUAUAACAGAUGAUUAUGAAUUUUUCAAAAAGACAUGAAUUACAUUUCCUAGUAAAGUUGUUGUAAGAUUUGCACUGUUUAAUGAUUUUCCACUUUAGGUUAAAAGGCUUGUUGUUGUCUUUGAGUGUCCAUAUGUGCUUUGAUAAUUCAGUUUCGUGCCUCUUGUUUUGAUGUCGGAAGGAAGAUGCGUGGUUUCUGUAACGUUCUUUGAACUUUGCUUCUAUGAGUUGAGCGCUCUCUGAAAUACACUCAAAUCAAGUUCAAGAAUAUGUAAAUACAUACAUCGUUGAAGUUACCUGAUGAGUGUGGUCCUAUAAUUUCGGACCAUACGAAACAGCACUGUCGCAAUAAACGAAGCCUGAACUCCUGUGAAGUUAUGUAUGUAUGGGUGUGUGUAUGUGUAUGUAUGUGUGUACAUUUUGAUAUUUUCGUAGUAAAUUCCGGUGUCAACCGUGAAUGUUUCACGUCGUAUUGCAGUACAAGUAUGCAAUUUAGUUGUGAACGUAACAGCGUAAACAGUGUUUAAACUCCACUUAACUGAGACUUUUUGCCAACGAGGCAACCGAGCUAAGAAGCGAGGUUGACUCGGCGGCAGAAUUAUAACGCCGCGCAAUGUAGGCAAAAACUCUCAAAUUCUGCGUAACCCUCUAAAAUUUGCAUUUUUGACCAUAUUUGGGUGUAAGUAAGACCCCAUAUUUGGGUAGUGACGUCAUUGCCUUGUAUUUACAACUCGUGGUGCAAGAUUGGGUGAUUCAGUGUGCAGCUGUUCGUUGUCUGUUCAAGAGGACCUAACUGAUGAGCAAGCUUUAAUACGAUUUCUAGUUUGAAAGGGCAAUUAGUGCUCUGGUUUGCUUUAUAAAUUGUGUUUAAAGCAGCAGCUGAUCAAGGAAUAGGGUUUUACGCUCAAAUUUUUGUCAGAACUAGCUUCAGUGUUCUUUGCAGCUCGAUUUACAUUGAGGUAGCGUGUUCUCUUCUCGACUCAGAACCAGGGUUUUCAGUGUUCUCUUUUCCUUUGUGAAUUGAAUUUUAAGCGGUAGUUGAUCAAGGCAUAGGGUUAUAGUCUCAAAACUUAUAUCAGAACCAGCAUGUUGUUCGCAGGUCGAUUUACAUUGAGCCAGUCCUCACCUUCCGUGAGGAAUGCAACGUAUUUGCGGACCUUUUAUGUCUUUCGAGAGAUUUUGUCAACCAGCAUACUUUUUUGCUGCUCGAUUUGCAUUGAGACAGCCCAAAACUCCCGUGAGGAAUGCAACGAAUUUGCGGACCUUUUGUUUUGAAGACUAUCAUUAUGCCUUUCAAGACACUCUUAGUCCUGUGACACUCGCUCUUUAGAUCUUUGUAUUUUAUUCAAGUUUAUAUUUUUAUACCUCUAAUACAUUCCGCCCCAUUCUUGCGCGCUUUUCACACAUUUUACUUUACACCAAUUUUAUUCUUAUGUAUAUUAUCAAAUAUUUUACUUAUCCCUGAUGACGCUUUUGCUCGGAAUUUAAUUAUUAUUUUUAAUUUCAGCAGUCAAAGGCCUCAUUUGAACUAUAUUUUUUUUUCUAACGUUUAUAGCUUUGAUACAAUGGAAUUUUCCAUGAAACAUAAGUGCUAACUUGCUCAUAUUUACCUACAAAGCUUCAAGCCAUGUUGUUAUUGUUUAAUAUAAGUGAAAGCCUAGAAUGUGCGAAUGUUGUUGUUUUGAAGUUGGGUGCCAUCCUUUUCCAUAGCGGAAUCCAUUUUAAACCUCUAAAACUAUGAAAAAAAAUAUCGCGAAGAUCUGAAUAGGCACAUUCCACAAAAGAUAAACGAAUUCGCCUCGUUGGCACUUGCCGGAAGGUACCCCUAGUAUUAUGGGUAAUAUUCCUUAGUGCAGCUACUGCUUGAGAUGCGAUGGAAUGCUUCACAGCUUUUUGGAGACCUAGCUGAAAUUCUAGCUUUCAAGUUCCCAUCCGAAAACGUUUUAUUAUUAUUAUUAUUAUUAUUACUAGGGUAUCUAUCUAACUACUAGUAAUGCUGCGGCACAUUCUGUUGAUACUGGCAUUAGUUAGGCAGCGAGACUUAAAAGAAUCGAAAAUGAUAUUGAAUGUCCUAUUUACAUGUUGGAAAGUACUAGAAUAAUUACUAUCAGUCUAUAGAAAGAACUCGUGGGAACGUUGUUUAGAAAAUGAUUAAGUGGUUAUAACUCUGGUUUUCCCACAGUAAAUUGUAGGAAACAAUAGAAAUUCAGAUUGUUUAUCCAUAUAUUUAAUAUAUGGUGCAAGAUAUUUUCUCUGGAAACACAAUACUUUUCUUGCUGUUUGUUGCACUUUAUUAAGUAACAGUUAUUUAGCUAUAUAUUUAUAGAAAACAACUAGACAAAAAACGGAAAAAAAAGAAAGAAGGAAUCAUGAAUUCGGUAGGGCUCGAACCCUGCACCUUCGGCUCGACGCGACUACACCUAACCACUACACGACAGAGGCUAAUUACGUAAUUUGUAGGAAAAGUCUUGAUUUAUUCCCUUUCCAGACUUUCCAUGAAACCUCCGCCGGCAAGAUGAUCGCCAGCCGCAUUAACCGAGCUAUUAACAGUGAAAAAACAAUGUAAACGCAUAUUCCAUGGCAAUGAAUAAAUGAAAGAACAUAAUUAUGCUUUUCAAAACGCCGAUACACGUCCUCGUCUGCAAAGUAGGACACAAAACAUAUGUUUUGUUAUCUCGAUUUCCGCUGUUAUUUUGCAGCGAAUGGUCAAAAUCACAUCCAUUUUCGGCUCAUACAGUUUCUUAAGAAUAGCACUGCAUGACAUUUUCUCACUUUCACAUCACCUUCUAGCAAGCUGGAAUUUGUAUAUCCCCCGUGUUGCGGAGUCGAAGAGCAAAUGCUCAUCGUCUCGUCAGGUUUAACACCUGGACGAGUCAAAGGCUCUUAAAUUGAAAUCCAAUCCCCAAGUUAACCAUCCUACUCAUCUGAAAGACUCCUGCGUGUCUUAAAAUUUGGUAAGACCUCUAACCGUGCUGUAGAAAAUUUGCCACAAAGAAAACUCUAAGUCUGAGCAGCGAACGAUGCACUCUCUCACCCACCGAACUUGAGUUGUUCGUGGCGCAAUGCACUCUGGUUAAAUAUGCAAUGCAUUAUGGUAAAAAGUGUGGUUAAAUGCAAUGCAUUGUAGUAAAAAGUGAUGAAUUCGGGAAUUCGUCGCCCCUUAUAUAUUUCCUUUAAAUCCUGAUUAUGUUGCUGCUCGCUCCCUUCGGUCGCUCCGCAGCAAUUAUUAUCAUUAUUACUAGGGUAUCUAAAAGAUAGUAAUGCUGCGGCAAAUUCUGUUGAUACUGGCAUUCGUUAGGCAGUGAGACUUAAAAGAAUCAAAAAUGACAUUGAAUGGCAUAUUUACAUGUUGGAAAGUACUAGAAUAAUUACUAUCAGUCUAUAGAAAGAACUCAUGGGAACGCUGUUUGGAAAAUGAUCAAGUGGUUAUCAACUGUGGUUUUCCCACAGUAAAUUGUAGGAAAUAAUAGAAAUUGAGAUUGUUUAUCCAUAUAUUUAAUAUACGGUGCAAGAUAUUUUCUCUGGAAACACAAUACUUUUCUUGCUGUUUGUUGCACUUUAUUAAGUAACAGUUAUUUAGCUAUAUAUUUAUAGAAAACAACAACACAAAAAACGGAAAAAAAAAGAAAGUAGGAAUAAAUAAUUCGGUAGGACUCGAACCCGGCACCUUCGACUCGACGCGACUACACCUAACCACUACACCACAGAGGCUGAUUACAUAAUUCCUGGGAAAAGUGUUUCAUUUUAUUCCUUUUCUAUAAAACUUCCGCCGGCAAGAUGAUCGCCAGCCCCAUUAACCGAGCUAUUAACAGUGAAAAAACAACGUAAACGCAUAUUCCGUGGCAAUGAAUGAAUGAAAGAACAUAAUUAUGCUUUUCAAAACGCCGAUACACGUCCUGGUAUGCAAAGUAGGACACAAAACAUGUUUUGUUAUCUCGAUUUCCGCUGUUAUUUUGAAGCGAAUGGUCAAAAUCACAUCCAUUUUCGGCUCAUACAGUUUCUUAAGAAUAGCAUUGCAUGACAUUUUCUCACUUUCACAUCACCUUCUAGCAAGCUGCAAUUUCUUUAUCCCCCGUGUUGCGGAGUCGAAGAGCAAAUCAUUGAAAUGCUCAUCUUCUCGUCAGGUUUAACACCUGGACGAGUCAAAGGCUCUUGAAUUGAAAUCCACUCCCCAACCAUCGUAUUCAUCUGAAAGACUCCUGCGUGUCUUAAUAUUUGGUAAGACCUCUAACCGUGCUGUAGAACUAAGCAGCGAACGAUGCACUACUUCCCCGUGUUUUUAUUUGAGUUGUUCGUGGCGCAAUGCACUCUGGUUAAAUGCAAUGCAUUGUGGUAAAAAGUGUGGUUAAAUGCAAUGCAUUGUGGUAAAAAGUGAUGAAUUCGAGAAUUCGUUGCCCCUUAUAUAUUUCCUUUAAAUCCUGAUUAUGUUGCUGCUCGCUCCCUUGGGUCGCUCCGCAGCAAUUAAAUUCCAAAGCAUUCCAAAGGCGUUCACGUCGCUUGUCAGUCGCGUAGGAGAGAUCUUUCACAUAACUCCAACACCAUAUGCUAAUGUGUCACAAUAGUAGAAAGAUCCACAAAAUAUGUAAAUGAUCUUUUCGACGCACGGGUAAGCUUUUUGUUUUCUUUGCCUGGUUAUCCCUAUGCGGCCUCGAGGCAUUUAUAGGGCAGUGCAGCGCGAUUUUUUUUACCGGCGAGUCAAAGAUUGUAGAAGUAGUUAAAACAAAACCUGGCCGGAGCUUCAAAAGAUACUUUAAGCAGACGGAAAAUGCACUUCUUUUUUGCAAACGCUUUAAGAUGCUAACAUUUUCCCAAUUUUCCUCUGACAUUCUUUUCGAACCUCAACGGCAUCUCACAUUCGUAGACAUUAUUUUUAAGACUGGAGGAUCGAAAAAAUUCAAUUUUUGGAAAGAUUUUUAUUUCGCGUUAUCUACAAAUAAACUUGUUACAGAGACAAGCAACUCACGUGUGUCUGAUAUAUCACUGGUCGGUCAUCAUACAUCAUCAAACACUGACCGGCUUGAAAUUUUACUCUGAAGAACGAAAGCAUCAGGGCAUACUAUCGUUCUAUCCCAAGACAAUCAUCGAUAAAAAGGAUUACACGAAUUGUUCCCCAAAGCCUCCAAAAAGCUAAACAGCUAGCUGACUGCCACGACAUGUACAAGCAAGACGGCGAUGUCACAGACUAUUGUGGAUAACAGGAUGCGAUACGCAAAGAAGUCACCAGAAGAGCGAAAACCCGCGAAAUUUAGCCAGGCAGCAUGUCUGAACGAAGAUACGUGUAGUUCAGGCACCAAUGCCAAUGCUGAUCUCCCAGGGGAAGCCACCCCGCACCGCCUGAGCGAAAACAGCACCAACCUAACACAAAGUGCUCCAGGUAGCGACAGCGGACAUCGCAGGAGGGCCACAUAGCGCACAAAGAGAUGUGUGGCAAGGCUGUGAAAAUGAUGAGCGAAAUAGAACGCAUCUUAGAUAAAUUCGAUAGCGACAGUAGCGACGAGGACUAAACAUGCGAAAUAUUGAACUGCCAAUUUCCUUUUGUUCGUUUUUUUCAGUUGAUAGUAUUUGUAAGCGAAAACUCUGAAAAUAAAAGGCUUUUUGUCACACAGUUCGUCUUUUAUUUGAUGGUUCUAUUUGUGCCUGCCGCAAAUAAAGGAAACGUUACCCAUGGGAAAACACUCCGCGUAUACAUAUUUACAUAUUUUGUGGACUUUUGCACUAUAGUGCCUCUAGUUGGAGUUAAAAGAUCUCUAGUUGUUUUGUUCAUAGUUAAUUGAGUGGAAUGGUUAUGAAACCCGUCAGACUCCUUUGUUAUAUGUUUUUGUGGACCUGAAAGUGCACAACGUUCAAAAGAAUUCCUAUCAUUUUGAUUGUAUUGACCAAUAAAAACGUUGCAUUAAUUUAUUCCGUAACAAUUUGCCAACAGAAAACAAAGGAUUGUGCACUUUCACGGUACUUCCAACAUAAACUGCAGCACUGUUGUUUUUAUCAUUGAUGUUUGUCUCCUCUAAUAACAAUGGUUUGUUUCAUACGCUCCGGGAGAAAACAAACCAAUUAGAGCACGCGAAUGACAAGCGACACGAACGACUUUGUAAACCCUAAUAGCCAUGUAAGAGAGAAAUCUCUGCUUGCAAGGUAGCAACAAAACAAAGCAAAAACAAAAACAAGAGCGAUAAUCCUGUUAAUCAAUUAAGUUGUGCAAAAAUAUUACCUCAAACAUCGUAGCUUGUCAUUCCCUGCAGUUAUAAAAAUGGUAUAUUCGAUUGCUUCUGAUACUGGUACAUGUAAAACUGCACGUGCAAAACUAUAACCCGCCCCGUCGGAGAAUUCGUGAGAAAUAUGAGAGGGAUGACCGAAAGUUUAGUGGAUGACGCACCUAGGCACAAAAAUCUCAUUGGCUCCUUGAUUAAUCGUUGCCAGUUCCUUUUACCUGAUUGGUCUAAAUAUAAAAAGGAACAAGUGGCCAAAACCCAAACUUCACGACGUCUUAACACUUUUAAUUACACAAUAGGUUUACCGGAACUUUAUUUGAGUAACUCUUUUGUCAAAGUUCAUUAUAAAAACAUGUGGUCUCCAUGGAAUUGACCAAGCGAAACGAAAAUAGAAGCUCUAAUCGCAAGGACGGGAACUGUUCAGAUAAGCUUUUAAAUUGACUACUGUCGCUGUAGCAUCGGGUGAGUGUCACUACCAGCUCUUAUCUAAAUUACUGCAUGAAGGACAAGAACUCACCGUUUUGACAUGCGACAAUUUCGUCGCCGACUAUUAUGGGUUGCUGUGGCAUUAGUUUUGGUAUUUUGCCUGAAGAAUUUCAGGCGCCUUUUCCCACCAAGCAUCAAAUGGAUUGAUUUAAGAAAUCAAAAAGAUAGUCUCUCCAUCGAAUCUCCGGUUGAGGAACCUCAUCUAUACCUCGAGCAACCCAUGUUUUUGCUUGUUAUCGUUUCUUCUUCACCUAACAAACGAGUAAACGCGGGAAGGAGAGAUGUGAUACGGAAGACUUGGGGCAAUGUUGAGGAAACUCGUGUGCCAAACGAUGUUAUAUGGAAAGUAGUGUUCGUAAUGGGCAAACCACAGAACGCUGAAAUGAACCAGGUCAUAAUGGCAGAGCACAGAAGUCGAAGAGACUUACUUAUCGGUGACUACAAAGACGAAUAUCGAAACAUUGUCAUCAAACUUCUGAUGGCAUUCCAGUGGGCAUCGAAAAUCAAGUGUUCCUAUGUUCUCAAAACGGACGAUGAUGUUUAUAUCGAAAUUCCUAAGCUAGUUGAGUGGUUGAUUAAACGAAGUGAUGAACAUUCUCUCUAUGGUGGUAUUCUCUAUCAGGGAGAAGUUGUCAGAGACAAGACUCAUCGACAUUAUGUUAAAAAAGAUGAUCUCUCCCUGGAGCAUUACCCGGUGUUUUGCAAAGGCUCAAUGUUUGUCCUAUCAUGGAAUUUGAUUCCCAAGAUGGUGGGAUUCUCAAGACAUAUUAAAAGAAUUGGACCCGAUGAUGCUUACAUAGGGCUUUUAGCCUUCCAGCUGGACAUAAAACCAGUCGAAAUACAAGGAUUUCAACAAUUUAGUCACAUGCACAACCUUAUCAAUGUCGUAACUACGUGUCAAAUCCAGGAAUUGAUAGGAAUUGGUGAUUCUCUCACCCCAGAACAAAUAAACUAUAUCCAUAAAGUUAAAAAAUCCCUUCCAAAGAACGGAAAACUUCCUAGCGUUUGCAUAUCGCUAUUCAUGGAACUUGUACUUUUGUUGUCUUCAUCUUGUACAUUUCUAACGAUAUUUUUGACAUUUUGCUGCCGACGGAGGUGUCGCUUGAGAAUAAAAAGGUAA